AUGGGUGCAGUUGAGGCAAGACCAAGCAGAAUUUGUUCACCUCUUAGGGGGAUCUCAGGUGCCAUCCAACCUAAUGUGAGGUAUGGUUCAGACACAUACGCUCGACAAGUCUAUUGGAUGGCUGAAGAUGGUGCACUGCGUAACCCCGCGGAUCUUGAAAAUUUUCUAAUGCUUCCGGACUGGUACAACACGAUCAACGAUAAACUUACCGAGAACAACUAUCAUGUUGAGGAGUUUAAAGAUCGGGUACAGCUGGUAGUCUGCCUAGGGGACACAGACCUUUUCUUUGAGACGUUCUUCAAGGGUAAAUUCGACUUUGAUGCCAUUAAAAACGAACUUCACGAGAUGGAUGAACACAUACGUAUUGAAAUGAGAAGAGGAGGUGAUAUAGAAGACGCGUUCAACCAGGAAGCCCGUAGAUUGGAGGCUCUGCGCCUAAGUGCAGCUAACGGAGAUGGAGCGUUACCAGUCAGCAUAUUUUUUUCGCAAGGAAACAGAUCCUUCAACAACUUUGUUGGCAGGGGUUUGGCUAGAUUCGGCGGCUUUAAAGAAGGCUGGAUUCUUCAUUCUGGCCUCGACGUUGGAGGUUUGAGGGUAGAGUGGGGCGUAGGUCCAUGUUCACCAUCUCUUGUGUAUCCUGGCUACAGCGUGCGCGCAAUCCUGGCCAAGAUUAUAGUGGAGAAAAAAUCCCUAUUUCGACGAGUUAUUGAGGGGAUUCUUCAUCCCAUCUCGACCUUGAUCGAGUGGUAUGGUCGUCUCAAAGAAUUCUUUCUCUAUUUUCUUGGGUAUGCCAACCACACCUCGCUUUACAAAAUUGCUGAAGUGUGCACCACUUACAACCGCAGCAAAUUCUGGGGCCCGUUCGGCUGCAACUGUCAGGAUUUUGUCAAAGAAGUUCUUGAUCGCUUGAACCUCAGAUUUGCCCCAAAGGGUGAAAUGAAAGCUUUCAUCGAUCGCAUCAACAAAGGUGACUACAACCUGAGCAUUACUGAUCCCGACGGUUUGCAAAUCGUCUUCACAAGCGUCCGCGCUCUCGAUGAAUUCGCAGAUGCUCACUGGGGAGUCUUGCCUCCUUGGUCAAAGUACCUUUUGUGCACUUACAACAGCAUAUGCUCAGAACGAGCCACUAAUGAGGCAGCAACCUCUGACAGUCCUUGGGUACGCUCUGCUCUCAACAGGGAUGAGGUUCAUCAGGUCUGGAGGAACCGCGUACAAGAAGUUCUUCGCCUUGUUAAGAACUGA